CAAAUUUGAAGAAAGGAAACUUUAAUGUGAUUGAAUUAUCUUCUCCUUUCCACCGACAGGUUCAACCAGUUUUUGUGGCGUCGGCGACAAAUGCAAAGGUUCAGCAAUCAUUCUCUCCAACUGGCUCCAACAAAUCUUGUCAGCCUUCGGUUCUUGGAUGCAAGGUGCUUACCAGUGGAGGGAAACCCCAGGCUGUUGUUGCCCCUGUGUCACCUUCGGGCAGUGCCUCCAGUAGAUCAUCUCCAGCUAUGGCAUCUGUUCCUAGCGGGACACCUGCCACAGUGGUUGUUGGCGGAAUGCCUGUAACAGGCAGUGGGAAGAGGCCAACUGCAACAACAAGUCCCAUCCGACCAAACUUCAGUAGAAGUGACUUAAUUGAGCAGCAACUCAAGACAGACCAGGGUGGAGCAUGCAUGCCGGACACAUGUACACCAUUUCAAAGUACAAGUGAUGCCUGUAAGCGCCUCAUACGUUACCACGUGUUCAAUGAACAGCUUCUUUCACAGCAAGACCUGGAGAAGGCAGAUGAGUUUUUUGAGGCAACAGCUAAACAUCUGUUGGACAAGUUCCGACAAAUGAUGAACAAAUACCGCUAUCUCCUACUCAUGGAAAGCAUGCGUGAGGUGAAUACUUCUGAGCUGAUGAUGAUUGAUCGCAUGUUCGUAGCAGAGGAACAUGGCCUACUAGAACGCUUAAAAGAAGAGGAACGCAGGGCAAAGGAGGAGCCAGUGGCACCUGUUGAACAGCAGCCAUCAUCCCCUCCUCCAGCAGGAGUCCUGACAACCAUCAAGACAGAACCAGGGCUGCCAGCUUCAGGUGCAACAACAACUGGUGAAGGACUGAGAGAAGUGCGUGUGGUAGUGCGAGAUGUUAUGAAGAAUGAGUCUAUCAAGCGUGAGCUAGAGGAGGACAAGAAGUUCACCGUUGUGAAGAGAGAACGUCUCGAUAGUCCUGCCAGCAACAAAGUCAUGCAUCAAGCUUAUGAUGAGUGGGAAGAGAUUCAGAAAGAACUUGCAGUGUACUGUGGUUCUAAUAAUAUUACUGCUUCUGGAAGUACUGGAAACCCCAGUCUUACACCUGCUAUAAAGGUGGAAGAAGUACCAAAAGCACCUGAACAACUAUCAGAUGAACGUUUAUGUCUCUCCACUGCAGUUAGUGUAAAGGCGGAGUCUGAUUCCAUCUCCUUGGACUUGAAACUUGUAGAGGCAGAGGGAAAAGUGCAACCACAUGGUGAUAAUAUUGAUGAUAUACAAAAACUUCCUUCAGCAGGGUCUCCAGGAACAAAGGCAAGGUCUGGGGCAUGUGGUCCCAGAGAUGAGGGGGGAGGGACACAAGAGGAAGUGAAUAUGACUCAGUGUAGUGAGGAUAGUGUAGGGGAGAAGAGAAAGGAAUUCUGUGAUACAAAUAUAGAUGGCAUGGCAUCAGUUGGACACAGGAAGAAAAGACACAAACAUGGUUAUUCGCCGCAGCAGAAUGAGUGUGUGGAUGAUAAGGAUGAUGAUAUAAAUGCGCAAGUGCAGAGUGCCAUAGACAGCAUUCUCAAUCUCAAACGGUCAGAUGAUGGCUUUGAUAUUCGUCCAAAUGCUACCACACCAUCUCAUAUAGGUGUGGAUGAAGGCUUAGACUGUGAAGAUACAAGGCAGUAUCUAACCACAGAGCGAACAGAGUCUGCUACCAGUUCCUCCAAACAGUGCAGUACUAGUGCUAGUGAAAUAAUAAGAACCAGGCAUAAACGUAAUAGUGUAUCCUGUAAACCAGUAGAUCAGCAGGUUGUGAACCACCAUGAGGACAGCAGCAGUGUUGACAAUACUGACUCAGCCUUAGAUGAGGCGGUCAGAAGUAUACUGACAUCCUGACCUCUGGAUGUGCAGCAAGCUCUUCCGAGCUUUGCUCCACCUGGAGUGUUGGGCAACUGGUCUACACUAUGUUAAGGGUUGAAGAAGUUAUUGCAAGUGGCAUUUGAAAGGGAACAUAAUAUUGGCUUAUUUUCUGUUUGAAUAUGAUCUGUUGGAUUAGUAAUACAAUGGAACCCCUUUUUAUGUCCCUCACUUUCAGGUUUUCGUUCAUUUAAUGUUAAGCUUCAGUGGGCUGAAGUUAAUAAUCUCAGUGUUAAAUUUCCUUUGUAUAAGAUUUGCCUACGUUUAGUGUUCUUAUCCACUGUUCCACAACAAAAACUUAAAUUGGGAUUUCAAUGAAUUUGGGGCUGGACAGAAAUGUUAAAUUUAAGGUACUGCAGUGACAGAUUAUUUCAUAACACUUAGAUCUCUCUCAGUUUAUGCUCUUAUCAGGGAGCUUCAUACAGUUUAAUUUUGUAAUUAUUUUGCCUUUUCUAUGUCCUUAUUCAAUAAGACAGAUUUGUAACUGUUGCGUAAUAAUAAACUAAGCAUUGCUAUUUGAUGCUUUGGACUCAGUCAAAGAACAAGGUACUGUAUUUGUUAUUUAUUUUCUUGUUUCUUAUAUAAAAUAAACACCAGCACUGUACAUUCUAAACAAAGACAUUGAGCGGGAUGAAUAUGAAUAACAUGCUGGAUACAUCAUGACAGCAGUUCCUAUAUUGAAGUAUUGUAUAAUUACUGUUUUACUACACGAGAAACAUGUUUUUUAACCAUUUUAUGAUGCCUGUAUAGUUAAGUGAUUCAUUACGAUUUACACUGCUGUGUAAGGAGACAAGUUUCAUGCACGUAUCUCUCUUUGCAUGGAUAUACUGUGUAUAAGUGGCAUGACAAAAAUUUCUUGGUAUGUGAAAGUUUGUUUCAAAGAAAUGUGAGUAUUCUGAUAAAAAGCAGUAACUGAAUUAAUGAUGAAACUUUACUUCGCAUGUAGAUGUGUGAGUGAGAAUGAAGUUUAUGUGUAAUUUCAACCUCCUCGGAGGCAUAAAAUGUGUCAUCUGUUGAAAUUGUUCCAUCGUUCCAGUACACCUCGCAAUUGCCAUUUUCUAGGUGAAUGUAGUGGAAGGAGGGUGGCCAGUCUGUUGGUCUCACUCAGUGUCUAGGUAUAUAGGUCAAUGAAAGUAAGUGUGAGGAUGUGAAGAGUGGUACUGCCCAUUGGGAAGGGGCCAUGAUCUCAUAUAUAAGACUAGCAGCAGGAGCAAGGUCAGGAGUAUUGAGUAUGAUGCAAUAUGAUACAAAGGGAUUAAGUAAUUAAGAAGAAAGUUCCAAAAAAUAUAUGAAACUAGGCUACUUGGUUUGUAUCUGUCAAUUUUGAAGAUGUGGGGAUGUUUUGACUACUUAAUUGGCCUCCCUGAUGAUGUAAGUAAUGUAAGGACAGGUAUGUGCUAGGUCUUCUUUGUUGCCAUAUUCAGUGCCAUGUUUGAUCCCACUGGGGUGUUCAACUAUUGCACACUGUUUAAUUUUUACCCUGGUGUGUCUGAUAUCCUAGAUGUCCUAGUAGAGAUAUAACAGCCAGUGUGACUAAUGUAAUCAUAAUCUGCAAUAGGUACAAGAUUUUUGUGUCAGGCAUAUAGGUAGCACUUUAAAACUCAGAAACUUUGCAUUUUACCCACAUAAUAUUGUCACGUGUUGGGUAUAUGUCACGCGACAAAUAACUUCACGCUGUCUUGGAUAUAGCGAAUUUAU